ACUGUGGGGGACUACGUGGUGCCUGCUUCUCCUGCACACGGAGCACAGAUUAAACAGCGACUCGAUAUAUAUUUUUUUUAAUUUUUUAUUUUAACAAAGAAAACUUAUUUCAGGAUGUCUUGUUUACGUAAACGCUUGAAAAGAACAAAGUCUGAGGAAUUGGCUUUCCAGGAGCAGGUGAAAAAAGUUGCGCAGGAGAACGGAAAGCGCUUAGGUUUGGAGGGAGAUGCAGAUCUACAGUUCCUGCUAAUCGGGGGAGAGCUGGUCAAGGUUCGCUCAUCCUCCUGGAAGAAGAAUCGCUUCUUCAGACUGCAGGAAGACUGCAAAACAUUUUGGCAUGAAUCCCACAAGACAUUCAAGCGAAACCAGACCUUCUCCAUUGAUGAAAUUGAUUCAGUGCGCAGGGGCCGCCAAUCUGAAGGUCUUAAUAAGCACACCGAGCCCAGUGUUGAAGCGCGGUGCUUCUCCAUAAUCUUCAAGGGCCGCAAGAAAAAUCUCGACCUGAUGGCAGUCAGUGAGGACGAUGCAGAAAAGUGGGUCAAGAGCAUAGAGAAGCUCAUCAACAAUAUGCGUAACCUCAGCCGCCAGCAGAAGAGUGAGCACUGGUUAAUCAACUGCAUGCGCAAAGCAGACAAGAAUGAGGACAACAAGAUGACCCUGAAGGAGCUGAAACACUUCCUGCGACAGAUCAACAUUGAAGUGGACGACACUUAUGCAGCGGAACUUUUCAAGAAAAGCGACAAGUCCAAUUCAGGCACCUUGGAGGGCUCAGAGAUCAAGCACUUUUACGACUUGCUCACACACCGAGAGGAGAUUGAUGUGAUUUAUGGGAAGUAUGCUGAAACAGAGGGUCAGAUGAGCACCAGAGACCUGCUGAACUUCCUGUUGAAUGAGCAGAGGGAGCAGGUGUCCAUGGAGGACGCUCUCAAGCUGAUUGAAAAAUAUGAAGUGGAUGGGACAGCGAAGCAGAAGAAACGUAUGACCAAAGAUGGCUUCCUGAUGUACCUGCACCAAGAGGAAGGCUCCAUCCUCAACCCGGUUCAUAAACACAUCUACCAGGACAUGCACCAGCCCCUCAACCAUUACUACAUCUCCUCCUCACACAACACAUACCUGAUGGAGGACCAACUCAAAGGACCCAGCAGCACAGAAGCCUACAUAAAGGCCCUGAUGAAGAGCUGUCGCUGCGUGGAGUUGGACUGCUGGGAUGGGGCUAACGGCGAGCCUGUCAUUUACCACGGCUACACACUCACAUCCAAAGUGCUCUUCAGAGACGUCAUCAAAGCCAUUAAAGACUAUGCCUUCAAAACGUCUGAGUACCCAGUCAUCCUGUCCCUGGAGAACCACUGCUCUGUGGACCAGCAGAAGCUCAUGGCCCAUCACUUGAUUUCCAUCCUGGGUGAUGCUUUGCUCACAAAGCCUCUGGGCAACACAAUGCCUACGAACUUCCCCUCACCUGAGGAGCUGAAGGGCAAAUUCCUCAUUAAGGGAAAGCGACUGAACAAACUGGAUGCUUUCUUCAACAACACCAACAACGUAGAGGAAGACACUGUGUCUGAGGAGGAUGAGGCCGCAGACUGUAAAGAGAAUGGACAAAAGUCCAAACCAAAGAAAUCAAAAAUCAAGCUCGCCAAACAGCUCUCAGACAUGGUCGUCUUCUGCAAGAGCGUCCAUUUUAAUGGAUUUGAACACGCCAGGGAUAGCCACGCUUUCUAUGAGAUGUCAUCCUUUAAGGAGAGUAAAGCUUUCAACUUGGCUGAGACUUCAGCUACCGCCUACAUUCACCACAACAUGGACAAACUUAGUCGGAUCUACCCGGCUGGCUCCAGAACUGACUCCUCCAACUACAAUCCAGUGCCCAUGUGGAACGUUGGCUGCCAGAUAGUGGCGCUGAACUUUCAGACUCCCUCCAAGGAGAUGCAGCUAAACCAGGGUCGGUUUCUGCCAAAUGGUGUUUGUGGCUACGUCCUGAAACCAGAAUUUCUGAGAAGCCUGUCCUCUCAGUUUGAUCCCAACACACUAACCAAAGGGCCUUGGCUACAGAAGAAGAUCUUUCAUGUCAUGGUGAUCUCAGCUCAGCAGUUGCCUAAAAUCAACAAGGACAAACACAAAUCCAUUGUUGACCCUCUGGUGAGAGUGGAGAUCUGCGGUGUCCCAGCAGACAACGCCAGCAAGGAGACUCACUACAUUGAAAACAAUGGUUUUAACCCAAUGUGGAAUGAGAGAUUCCAGUUUAGCAUCCACGUCCCGGAGCUGGUUAUGGUGCGAUUUGUGGUGGAGGACCAUGACUCAACAUCCCAGAAUGAUCUCAUUGGACUGUACUGUCUACCACUCACCAGCGUGCAGAACGGAUACCGCCAUGUCCCGCUGCUCACCAAGAGAGGGGACGUCAUCAGCUCAGCCGGACUGUUUGUCCACCUCAUGCUCAUUGACGCCGAGUAGGCUCGUGUUUGGAAAACCUUCAUGCCAGCAGCAGCAUUUCUUUUUUGAAAACUCUAAAGGAACGUGUCCAGAUUCAGAACUACAUAACACAACUGAUCAAAUGUUUCUAAAGGUUUUUUGGUGAAAAAAAAAGAUGGGUCAUCUGCAGGGCUACAGCUGCUGACUCAGCGUUUGUCAGUCUAACGGUCUCCUUUCAUAGUUUAACUUUAGCUUUUUUAAAAAGUUUUAAAAAGAGAAGUGAGGGAAAUAAUUUAAAGAAAGUCAUUCAACUGUAUAUACCAUACUGGGAAGACAUAGAGUAAUUAGAAGAAGAAGAAGACAUUUUCAAGUUUCUCAAUAGUAUUUUUCUAGACAUCUUUAUGCAAAUCAUGGAAACUGUAUUUAUCACGCAAUACAACAAGCACUCAACCGUUUUAGUGUUUUAUGACUCUUCUGAUUAGAACAAGCCUUGUUUUACAUUUUCUCAGUGUCUGUGCUGUAAUGGUGAUGUAAUGAUAAUGUUGGUCACUGGAGUCUACCAGUAGUCUUUGUUCUGCUUAAAGGCAAUAGUCUGUUUUUUUUGUUUGUUUGUUUGUUUUUUAAAAAAAGGACUUCAGAUGUUUUCUAACCUUUUGACUAUUGAUAUGAUGUCCAUAUCAAUAAAUUAACUGUAUCAUACGUGUAUCUGUUCUUAACAAAUGAACAAGUCACUUUAUCAAUUUAUUUUGUGUCAAACUAAGCCUGAUAUUUUAAAUCAUACUGAUAUGUUUUAUUUUUCAUCAUCUCAUAUACUACAACAUUUUCUUUUCCAUGACAAACUCAUGACUGUCGGUGCUUUCAGUAUGUCGUGUCACUUAUCUGUAUUUGCACUAGCUCUCAAAUAAAACCAGUGGAUUCCCUAUGA